CAGUGCAAACAGCGCCAGCUGGUAGCCGCAACGGAAUGGUGAAGAAUUUUGUCUCGUAACCAACAAAAUAUAGUUUUCAAGAAAACAUUUUCUCUCUUCUUAUUAGCAAUAGUAUGUUAAUUAAAAAAAAAUUGUCGCAAGAAAUUUUCUGUGAGUCUGUCGAAUUUUGUUUGUGCUAGUGGGAAAUAAGUGUAUCCUCCGGACGCUCAAGUUCGAAUUUUGACCGAAAUUGCUCGUUUUUUGUUUUUUUUUUCCUUCGAUCAGAAAUGUCACUUACAUUUCAACAAAUAAUAUGCGAUGCCAAAAAACUCGUUGGUCGAAUAUCCGAUCAUGAAAACACUGCGGACAAUUUGAUCAGCGAGAUUCAGUCUGUGUGUAAUCAAAUUGACGACAUGAAACAGUAUCAGGAAGAAGUUGAUCUCCUUAAUACAGAGGCUAAACAAAGACCUCAUAAUGCUCUGAUCGCUGGUAUACAACAGGAAACUCGACAUCUCAGAGAAGUUCAAGCGGAGAACAAAGAGCUAAGAAAUGCAUUGGAGGAUCAUCAAAAUGCUCUUGAAUUGAUUAUGUCCAAGUAUAGACAACAAACUGCAUCUCUGAUACGCAAAAGCAGACCCGACGUUUCUGCUCUACGUAAUUCCAGAUAUGCUAAUAUUAUAACAAGUCAGGCAGAGAAAAUCAACGAAAUGGCAACAGUCAUGCGGGUUGCUGCAGCUUUGGACGAAGAGAGUGAGCUCAAGUAUAAAGAAAAUUAUUCAAGGUUAGCGGAAGAGAAUAAAGUGCUCCGGGAAGUUGUCAACAUUGCGAAUAAGUACGGUUCUCUGAAUCCUGGACCACCGGUAGACAACAAGACUGUGCAGACCGAGCCAGCAUGAGAUUUGAUAUCACAAGGAAAUUUUGUAUUGAAAUUCAUCGCGUUACUAACCACAUGAUAAGUCCGUUUUCAUUCGUAUCACAGAUUUCGUCAGAUUCAUCAUUUAUUUUCACAGGAUAAGCUCUAUGUUUCUUGGAAGAAAAGCUUUAUCAGAGACACAGGAGAAAUAUGUGGCGAUAGAAUUAUUCGGUUCAGUGGGGGCAUAAGGGGGCAUUUUAAAUUAAGUCAAUGAACGGACAAAAAAAUAUAUAUAAAUAUUUAUUUGUGUUAGUUAAGUAUUGAAAGUGUGAAAAUAUUAUUUAUUAUUCGUCAUAUGUAUAAAAUUCAUGCUAUCGUAGCUGGCCAAUUAUUAUAAAUUUAUAGGAUAAAAAAAUGCAUUAACAAUGUCUUGCACACAAAUGAUACGAGAAGUUCGGACACAAAUUACGAGAUAUCAAUUUCAUGGCGUUGGACCAUCGUCUUGGAUCAGUUUGCAGUGAAUAUCCCACAAGCUCUGAAACAUAAAAUAAUUUGACCAAAUGAAUACCUGAUUGAAACAAGCGAUGAACGGAUAUUGCUUUUUUUACUUGACAGAAAUAUAUAAAUAUGCAACGCCCAAAACCGUCAAAACUUUUUUGUAUUUACUCAAUGAAAAGCACAAAAUAAUUGUACUGCAGAAGUAACAACCAUUUUAUGAGGCAUUCAAAACGCGGCGAGGUAUAGCCUGCCCAUCCUCUUCGAUCAAUUUGCGAUGAACUUCGCUGAGUGCCUAAGGGAAUACACAUUUUCAUUUGAAUAUUUUAAUAUUCCUAAGAUUUUCUACGCUUCGAAUAGAAUUGGGAACCUAGAAAUUCCAACAUCAAACUUGAAUACAAGUCGACUGAUAAGCAGAUUAAUUUUUUCCGAUCAAAAUUAAUGCGUUCGAAAUAAGCACUAAAUAAAAAAACAAUCUGAUACACAUCAAAUAAACAAAGUCAAUAGUUUUUGUGGAGAUCAUGUUCUCUUCCGUUACAUGCACUAGAUUGUAACUGAAUGAUUGUAAUGCAUGCAUGAUUGUAACUGAAUUCAGAAAAAUUAUAUAGUAUACUAUGGCCGUUAAAUACAAUUAUUUCUUUCGCACGA